AGUGUGCAUAGAAGCACACUUAUACAAACACAAUAUGCUCUUAUUCGAAAUUCUAUAUCAUACAUUCGAAGGCCGAAUAUAGGAGAAUCUAUUUCGAACUAACGCGAACUUGAACUUAACGAUACGACGUAAUCUUGAUCGUGGAUCCACAGUAUUCAGGAAAUUAGUAAUUAUAGACGAGAGAGAUAAGAUACAUGUUCUAGAUGAACUAUACGGUUAUUCGUACACGGAAAUUAUGCAAUAGGGUCGUUAACCUUUGUUCUAGAAAGAUCAAAAUAAUCCAGUGUAUUGUGAAAAUGAAAAAUAAUUACGGUAUUAAUUUCGACAAUAAGUAUUAGAUUGCUAUAUAUAUAUCAAAUGACCAGUUUCGAAACGUAGAAAGUCAGACUUGAUUUCAUGACAUAAAAGUAUUGCAAAAUGAAACUUAUGACAUAUCAAUUGAAAGCUUAAGGUCUUAUCUUCUCUCGAUUAUUAUUUAUUUGACUAAUUAUAUUAAUAGCGUCGAUUACCAACGACCGCUACAGUAAUCAACGCGUCAGCCCUAAUUCAGGCGCCUCUAAAUCUAACGCGUAAUAACUUCUUCCAAGCAAGGAUGAUUUUCCGAGGUGUUAAGUUCUGUAGUACUUUCGUAUCCUGGAGUUCAUGGCCCGUCGUUAUGCAUAUACCUAUCCAGAAGCUGGUGGGAUGGUAGCUCGUGCGCGGCGCGAUGAACCGACUAGACUCGGCCAAAAGCUACCGGAAUUAUUAACUCCUGUCAGUCUAGGCAGCUCGAUGCACCAACGAGCACUUAAGCCUCUUCUACUUGUUAAUACACUUGGAGAACGUUAAUCGAUCGACGUCUUACAGAUCAAACUCCAAAGACAAUUUCCAUUGACUCUGCAGAGAUAUCUUCUUUGGUCAAUUCAUUGUCUCCGGAAGUUCAAUCCUCCUGCACUAAAUAGACACAUCUAAUAUUUAAUCUAUUUACGUGAAAUCAACUAUCUACUCUUUUCAUAGAAUUAACUAAUAUCUGUGAUAUACGUGUAAGGAUUAAAAUCAGCUCUUACCAUGAAGUCUUUUAUUUCCAAGGAUUUAAUUAAUUGAAACAACGAUGUCCCUAACCUAUGAGGAACCUCUAUAGAACUUGUUCAUAUUAAAAGAUAGAGGUUUAUGAUGAACCUUCUUCAAGAUCGUCGCGUUGAAGAAGCUUGAAUAAUUUAAGACUACAUAGUGUGCUUGAUGACUGAGAACACACCUGCCAGCAUGGAGGAACUUGAAGAAACGAAGGAGAGUAACAACUCGUGUUCGACAACCACCUCGUCAGCAUCUGUACGGGGCAAGAGACACUGCACGGAAAUGCGAGCAGAAAAGCCGGUCUAUCUUCGACAAAAAGAGAAAAUUCUAUACCCCAGGAACACCAGAACUCUGACCAAGACGGUGGUAAUCGGAGGCAGUCCAAUCGACGAAGAAACUUGCAGGGCUUUAAGAACUCUGGUUUUUGGGAGUUGCGCCAGUCCACCGAGACCAGAAUGGGCAAGAACCGGAUUGACCUUACGACCAUACGGUCAAAACUUGGCUUUUGGUUUACGAGCGCCCAGGAACACGACCAGAGGCCUUGUCACUGCGGUCCAAGCCAUCAUGCUCAAGCAGUUUCUGUUCAAAUGUAACAAGCAAGACGCUCGUGCCAGCCCAGAAAGUCUGCUGAAGCCUUCGUACGACAGGCAAAUCGAUGUCCUGACUUCGGCAAUAGCAGAAAUUAUUUGGCGAUGCGCCGGAGGAUUCGUCGCGCAGAAUACUGGUGCGCAAAAUCAAGGUGUUACUGGAAACGCGAACACGGCCAGAGCUAUAAUUGCUUUACCUCAGGAGAUACCCUAUGUACAGCACACUGUACGGUACUUUCAGGAUGGAUUGACAGAGACUCUGCAUUUAUUCGAGCUUGACUCUCUGGAGGAUCUCGAAAUAUUUAUCAAGAGAUACCUAUAUUUGUUUCAAGACGAAGGUGGUCCUGGUGCCAUAUUGUUACUGUACAGUGCUCUGCUUUCAAGAGAACUUCCUAAAGUUAGAGCCGAUCUCGAGGACCCUAAAGCAUCCUUACUAAGUGGUUGUUCCGAAGAAGGUCCCACCGCUAUUGUAAUUCUGUCGUUAACCGGUCGUGCUUCGCCUCACUUGCACAAUGGGGUGCUGCACGUGGGGGAUGAAGAUACUUACGCUAUACCGCAAUGGGGAGUCCUUGUGAGAAGCGAAGUAGGGUUCCUCGUUCACGAGGGCGAUGGGCAAAUCAACAAACAACCUGGUUCUCGUCUUAAGACUCCUAGUUUACCUAUUUGGGUCACCUUGUGUCAUGGACACCAUGGUGUUCUCUUUAAUACGAACCGCGAGCUGCUGAGAAAUUAUCAUGCUGAACGUCGUUUUGAGGUUCAGUAUUUCACCUGUGGUGGUAGCCACGCCACCCUAACCGUGGACACCAGGUCAAAUUCGGAAAAUGAUUUAGAAUUCGAGGGACCUAGCAAAGAAUGCACGGAUAUCGCAGCGACUCCAUUGGAAAAGCUUAUUCGUUCUAAGUGGCAAGACGCUUGUAUACAAUGGAAUGGAGCUCCCUUGAUGUGAUUGCACUUUAAUCCUCUAUAUGUGUCUCUGCAAAAUCAUACAAAUAUUGACGUAACUUUGUAUUUCACUUAUUCAAACAUUGUAGCAUGCUCGAUGUGUUUGUAAAUGUUUCCGUAAAAAUUAAACAUUGUAACAGAA